CUGAGCAGCCUGAGCAGCCUGAGCAGCAGGACGCUCGGACCGUGUUUUCGCCAGGAUGGCGUCGCAGCCUCCGCCGAAGCCGUGGGAGAAAGGGGCUCCCGGCACUAUUCCCACUCCGGCCAACUACCGGUCGCCGGAGUUUGGUUCUGCCGGGCUCUCGAGACCCGGACCCCCGGUGCUGACCCGCGUGGCGCCCCCCGUCCCCCCUCGACCGGCCCAGCAGCAGUCGGGUGGCGCCUUGUCGGCGUACCGUCCCGCGUACGGCUCCUUCUCGUCCGCGUGCAGCCCGUACGGCAGCUCCCUCCUCGGCGGCUACUCGCCCUACAGCUACGGGGGCUACGGCGGGUACGGCGUGGGCGGCGGCCUGGGCUACGGCCGCUUCCGCCCUGAGGAGGCGCCGCCGAGCCGCUUCGUGCAGCAGGCGGAGGAGAGCAGCCGCGGCGCCUUCCAGUCCAUCGAGAGCAUAGUGCACGCCUUCGCCUCCGUCAGCAUGAUGCUCGACGCCACCUUCUCGGCUGUCUACAACAGUUUCCGCGCUGUCCUGGACGUGGCCAACCACUUCUCCCGCCUCAAGGUGCACUUCACCAAGGUGUUGUCAGCCUUCGCCCUCGUGCGUUCCCUCCGCUUCCUUUACCGGCGCCUGCAGAGGAUGCUGGGCCUGCGGCGCGACUCCGAGGCAGACGACUUGUGGGCGGACAGCGCGGGCUCAGCGGUCGCCGUCGGGGGCCUCGGGAUGGAUGAUCACAGCUCCGUCAAGUCCUGGCCCAUUUUCCUCUUCUUUGCCGUCAUCCUGGGUGGCCCGUAUCUCAUCUGGAAACUUCUGAGCUGUUCGGAGGCUUCGGAGGAGAAAGCUACGAACUGGGCCAAUGGAGAGGACGACCAUGUGGUGGCCAGGGCUGAGUUUGACUUCACUGCAGGCUCUGAGGAGGAGAUCUCUGUCCAGGCGGGCGAUAUGCUGAACCUGGCACCCAAGGAGCAACAGCCCAGAAUCCGCGGGUGGCUGCUGGCCAGUGUGGACGGCCAAUCCACGGGCCUCGUCCCUGCCAACUACGUGAAGGUCCUGGGAAGACGGAGAGGGAGACGACAUGCAGAGCAGGAGAGAUCGGAGCAGCAGCAUGUGGUUCAGAACCUGCAGCCGAGACCGGCCGCCCCAGCGGGCCCUGCCGACGUCGUGCUGUCAUUCGGAGACCCUGAGAUGAUGUUUGAGUCUGUCUACAGGGAGGCCCCUGGUCUGACUGACACGGGCUCCUUUCCAUGUGUCUCCGACAGCCACGAGAAGGUGGACCUCUGAGCUUGACAGUGCAGUACCCAUGUAAGUGUGUCCACCUGAGCUGUGCCUGUGCUCCCAAAUCCAUUUCUCUCUGAUGUUGCAGUGUCCGUUAACGUACAAGUCACCUGCUACCCUGGUAAAUGACUUGUACCACGGUGCAGAGCUGCUUUGCCGGGACACACGUCUUGGAGCCCUCAGGGUUGGGUUUGGUGAACACGUGCUUCUGCUGCGCAGUACACAUCCUGUCAAAAGCCAGCAAUAUCCAUCUGUCUAAAACUGAACGAAAUGAUUCUUUCACACUGACCUGUUUCCCCCACCUCAUUAAUUUUGUUUUCCACCAAGGAAUGUAUUUGUGUACCAUUAAUUGCAGUCAGGUGUCACUGUGUUUUUGCAAAUAAGCUGGGAAUGAGUGAGAUGAAUAAGAAGCCAUUAAUUUUUGUGGAAUGAGGCAGAACAAUUUUGUGUAAAGGUUUUUUUCUGCUUUAAACAGAAGUUGGAAUAAUGACUUUAUUAGGAUGAAUUAAAUGAAUUUUUUCUUGUAUGUGUUUAAGGCGCAGUAACACGACAGAGUGAAGGAGGUGCCGAGGUCCUUGUUAACUGGUCUUUCAUUAACACGCUCACAAGCCAUAAGUUAACUUUUACUGGACUUUCAGGCUCGUGCAGUUUUAAGUUGUUAGGUUAGAAUGGCACUGCUGUAACAACAAAUCUUUUCUGCCAUGUUAUUGAAGAAACAUAAAUUAUUUAAAGUAAUUUUAGGAGAUUGUUUAUAUUGUGAACCCUAUUAGAUAGUGGUUAUCUAAACUUUGAGGACUUAUAAAUCAUCUUUGUUAGUUACCUUGUCCUGUGUAUUUUCUUGGCAGUGCAGCUUUACAUACUGUUGAUGGCUCUUAACACACACGGGGAACAUUGUGAUUUCUGUCUGCAAAACACUUUUGGUUAAUUGGUUUUGAUUUUCACCACAUCUGGUUUGUAAUCUGUUUUCCACCACAUUAUUUUUCUCAUGUUAAGUUGUUUCUUGGGCACAUGUACAGUAACAGACCGAAUGCUGCUCAUAUAACCCAUUAUAGACCAGAGGAUCUUUUCAGAGCUACAUUUUCAAUUGUUUUAUCUGUGCAACAGGACAUAGUGGCAAUAAAAAUGUUUAAAUUUUCAUUUUACUCUGUGUACCUAAUACCUUGAAGGAAAUCAGUUUGCAGGCUGAAAGAUGUGUAAUCAGUGAUUAUUAAUUCCAGUAAUGUAUGACUACAGGCGCAGUAAAAUGUUGAAGUUGAUAUUUUGAAGCAAGUUUAUAGGAGGAGAAGUGCAGGUGGGUGACUUACUGUUUCACUUCAAGGUAAGUACUGUACCUUUCUCAGUGGUCCUGCCGCAGGAGUGAGAUUCACACACAGGGCCCUGAGGGGGUAUGGCAACGGCUCUACCCACUACCCCC